GGCAGUUUAUUCCCCCACUGUUGGGGCUUGGUACAGAGAGUGGCGAGAGGUCUUGCUGGAGUGACGCUUUGCAUGUGAGUGUCAGAGGGAAGGCUGCUGGCAUCGCUCAUACACGAGCUGCUUUGGAGGACAGCCACAGUCACCUACACAGAGUGUGGCAUCUAGGAUUUGGAGCAAGACGACCGACUCAGGGAGAAAAAGCAAGAAGUAGAAGAAAAAGAAGAAGUAGUCAGGACUGAGAGGCAGCAGGAGCCUGGUGCUGAGGCUGGUAUGAGAGAAGAAGGUUGUCAAGCUGUCUGGGUGUGAGUGAACACCCUCUCCUGGAGCUGCCGACAAGCUGUCCUGCAGAGGUUCUAUCUGUUUUUCACCAUCAGCAUUUCAAGAGGUCUAUGGUCCAGCGUUGGGCAGAGACCAUGUGGUGUUUAGAGCUGCUCUUACCACUGCUGUUGAUCAUUAAUGAUGCCAGUUGCCAGUGGAACGUCUGGGUCCCCCGCGAUAUCUCGGCUAUGACAAACUCCUGUGUGGUCAUCCCAUGCACCUUUAUGUAUCCGUCUGGCAUCAGGCCGUACCGCGGCAUCCAUGGCAUCUGGUAUUUUGGCCAGCCCUACCCUCAACUCUUCCCUCCCGUAGUCUUCAAAUCACGUACGGAUGUUGUGCACGAGAGCUACAAGGGCCGCACCAAGCUGCUGGGUGACCUGCACCAGAGGAACUGCACUCUGCUCAUCAACAACAUCGGCACAGAGCACUCAGGGAGAUACUACUUUCGCGCAGACCUCGGCGGAGCCAAUAUGUACACGUACCCAGAUUACGCUGAGCUCAAAGUUCUGGAUCAGCCCAACAUCGACAUCCCAGAGGAGAUUGUCAGUGACGAAAGCCUGGAGCUGACAUGCUACGCUCCUGAUAACUGCCCGGACAUGACUCCAGAGAUCCAGUGGAUGUACACAGACUACCUGCCUGACCCGGAGUUCAGCUCUGACUACCUGGAAGAGAGCAACACAGCAGUUCUCUCCAACACCCUCACCUUCACACCCAGACCUAUGCACAACGGGCAGCUGCUAGGCUGCAGGGUCUACUACCCCAACACCACACUGGUCUACGAAAGGCUCAUCUCUCUAGACAUAAAGUAUGCUCCCCGCUCGGUGUGGGUGAACGUCUCCUCAGAGGUGAUGGAGGGCAGCUCUGUGACGCUGCACUGCGAGGUGGACAGUAACCCUCCUUCCAGGAUCUCCUGGAUGUUUGGAGACGAGGAGCUGCUGUGGGACACGGCGUCCAACAUCUCCCUCUCCCUGGACGAUGUGACACCGGCAAAUGAAGGGAUUUACACCUGUGUAGGGAACAAUGGAUAUGGCGUCAUGAACACCUCACUGUACCUGGCAGUCAAGUACCCUCCCCGAGAGCCCACUGUAAACAAUUCUAUGACCGUCCUGGAGGGCACCUCGCUAGCCCUGCACUGCAGCACCCAGGGCAGCCCGGCUCCGACACUCACCUGGCUGAAGGAUGGGGAGCUGGUGGGCACCAUCACUGCCGAUGAGCUCUCGGUGCUGGAGAUCAUGGAAAUCACACCACAGGGAGAUGGACAGUACCGCUGCCUGGCCGAGAAUGAGCACGGACGAGCCAGCAGCUCCCUCAACAUCACUGUGGAGUAUGCCCCGGUCCUUCUGGAGGAGUCGAAGUGCACAGUGGUGAGGGAGGGUGUCCAGUGCGUCUGCAUGGCCACGGGAAACCCUGAACCCACCAUCGAGUUCUACCUGCCCGACUUGAACAUCACCAUCAACGAAACCGACGGCCGGUACAACUUCUACACACACACAGAUGGGCACACGUCCACAGGCAUGAUCAAGCUGCGGGAGAAAGGUGAACGGGUGGACAACGGUGGUCCUGCCGUCAAUGUCCACUGCAGUAUUUACAACAUGUACGGGAGAGAGAGCGUACUUCUGGAGCUACAGCAGGAGAAAAAAUACAUGAUGGCAGUUAUAGUUGGCACCAUUGGAGGAGUGGCGGUCAUAGCCUUCAUCAUUGCAGCAGUGAGAUACGUUGGCCACAACAACAAGAAAGAGAAUGGCAACCCUAGGCAGGAUGUGGUCCUGGAGAACCCAGCUUUGUACUACAGCGCAGUCAAGAAGGACAAACAAAAUCUGAGGAAGAAAGUGCUUAAGACAGAGCUGUUGGGCUCAAAGUUUAACUCCAUUCUAGAGGAGACUACGGGAGAAGACGGGGAUUAUCAACCUGUGGGCCCUAUGGCAGGACUGGAGAGGCAAGAGCUGAAUUACGCCGCUCUGGAGUUUAUUGGGGCCAGGCCCAGGGAGGGGGCCUCAGGGAGGGGAGAUGACGGCAGCAACUACACGGAAAUCAAAGCCAAAUGAAUCGCGAUCCUUCCCUGAUCCCUCGGCUAUGCGAGAUGCAGUGGCAGCCCCGUAUUUCACACAUCCUCUGCCCCAUAAACUGUGUUAUAACCUCCCGUCCUCUACUGGAUUUCACCCUACAUAUGAUGACUCCUUGUUUCUCAUUUCAUCCAGUUUGUUUCAUAUAAUGUACCACUCUAUGCCAGUACUCCUCCCCUUGUGCUGCCCCUCCUCCAUGGGACGCCCCGUCUUAUGCCACCAUUUGGAAAAACUGGUAUUUUUGGGGGUUUGAGCAAGACCCACUGGACAAUGUUAAACAAAUUAUUUUAAUUUCAAGCCUCUGUUUUAGUACACUGUCUCUACAGCAUAUAGUGUUAACCGGCAACCAUGUUUUUAUUGCUUUCUGUAUGUCAUUGCUGGUGUCACAUUCAUCUCACUAUUUGCUCUCCAUCUGUCUCGUAACUGUCACUGCUGUCUGCUGCCAGUCGAAGCAUCGGGGCAAGGAGUAACCGUGCUUUCUGUUCUCUUAUCUUUAAGUGUGUUUGUCGACUGAGAGCGAACCCUCUCCCCUCUUUUCUUUUGGUUAAUUACAUCCUUAGAAGAUAACCGACGAGGGCGAGAGAUGGCAACGCAUCUCGGCAUCUUGUUUCCACGUAAUUGUAUUUAAUGUGUGCUGUGACUCAGUAGCCUCUCAUAAUAAAUUGAAAAAAGCCA